AGAUGAUCUGUUGUUGGUACGACUGAGGAGGCUCUUACCCAUCGCGAAGAUCGGCGAGAACGUUCUCUUCAAGAGCCCGGAUGAUGGAUGGUACUAUUCAGGCGAGGUGACCUACGACUGCUGUGACUUCAGCUACAUCAUUACUGACUGCAACGGCUUCCAAGAGAAGAUCUGGCGGGAAGACAUCAUCUGUGAAUCAGACCGACAUGUUGAUGCAAUCAGGAAGCGUAGCAAGGUGCUGGUGAUGCACUCCUUUGUACCCCAACAGCUACUGUCCCGCCACUGUGAUUGAGGUGCAGGACAAGGCAUGGAGAGUACACCUGGCCGGACUGACCAAGACCAUAAGUGUGUCCCAGGAAAGAGACUACAUCGCUUGUUUAGCUUUGGAAAAGGGUGCCUACGACGAAAAGAUAAUCACAAUGUUAGCAAAGAAAUGGGAAACAAUGGAAGUUCUGGCAAAACACAAGAAAGGAGAAUAUCACAUAGGUACAGUUAAAGAAUUGUUAAGCGGGAGUUUAACCAAAUACGUCAUCACCUGGCUGGACAAGACAGAAACCGUUGUGGAGGCGAUCCAUGUGUUCGGGGGCCUGACGCCAUUGCGGAAACUACGGGUGAACGACCACGUGUUGGCACCGGUGACGACUGACGGGCCAAAGAAUCCUCUGUGUUACCUGCCCGGUGUGGUGGUGGAGAAAAACACCAAUGUAACUGUCACCAUCAAGAUGAUCCGCUCACACAGGCCGGAUGACCACACCACAAUCGAUGAGAAGGAGUGUUUCUACAUCAGCCCUCUCUACUACUUCACAGCAGCAGCAGACUACCUCAACAACCACCACGCCGACGACAGAUAAUGAUUUGAAAAAGACCAGGACUCUGGAUGUUGUAGUGUUAACGUACGGUGUGUUUGUUUGCACCUCUUGUACGUGGUGGUUAAUGUACGUCGAUGUUUUCAAGAUGUCUGCACACAGGAGUUAUAGGAAAACAUCUACGAGAAAUAAGAAAGUUGUGAUUGAAGCAUGCUUACUAUAUCUGACAUGUCCAACUCCAACGAGAGAUAAAUGCCUUCGCUCGUGACGCCAAAGACCCGAGUUCGAUUCCCCACAUGGUUGCAAUGUGUGAAGCCAUAUUUCUGGUGUCCCGGCGUGAUAUAGGUGGAAUAUUGCUUAUAGCGGCGUAAGAUCAUACACACUCACUCCAACGCCAAUUAACGUCCUAUCAAAUCCGUGGCUAAAGCUUCAUUUCUAUCGAGUUUUGUACGGUAUUCAAAUCUAGGUCUGAUCUAGAUUCAAGCGCUU